CUCCUGGUUCCUCUGCCGUCUCUUCAUGCCUCUCCAUCUUCUUCCCCUUUGACAGAACUCGAUCUAGAGAGUAGUAGAAAUUGCUCUGGAAGCCAAGGCAGAGCAAUUGGACUUUCUAGCUAGAACUUUCUGGCAAUGUUCUAUUUCCAGAAAAGGGCGGAAACCGUCGAAAAUCGACAACUCAGAGGGUGGGAGUCAUGAAGUCAGCACCAAAAGGACAAGUGCAGCCCUUAUGUCAAAUUCAGCCAUGCUUGGCUCAACUGCCGUAUUCUGAGGCCGUGUCUCAAAGCGCUAGGGGACCCCCCUGUGCCCACGCCCCCCUUCGCCGCCAUCGCAGCACAGGGCUCACGUUCUUUCGCUCGAUAGCUAGCCACUUGGAGCUGUUCGCCGUUCUUAGCAUUCUUAGCGGCGUCGGCGGCUGUGUCGGGGGAGGAGGGAACUUGGAGCCAAAGCAGACAGGCAGCAAAACAAUGGCGGUCUGGCCGCUGCAGAAUUGGAACCAAAGCGGCGUUGGGCGUUGGCGCCACAAACGCGACGGCCGAGAGGGAACCAUAUGCCUGGCAGCAUACACUGUGUUGCCCACCCAUGAGGCAAUAGAUGCUGUAGUUGGGGGUCGGAAUGUGGCUGCUACCGCGCGGUAAUCCCUAAGCAAUGGGGGACAAAGGGACCUCUCUCCACGGCUUCAUUUGGGGAUGCGUGCUAGCAUCCUCGCGGCAUGGCAAGGGCCCCCUCAGGCCUCAAGAAGCUGCCGAGCCUCCGGCCAAGACGUUUGAUUCGCCGGUGGGAGCGCUAGGCAGCGUAGCCACAGCUGUCUCGCGUCUUCCGCCGUCUUCUUGCUACUGACUUUUCUCUUCU